AUGAGUCCGCACGGAGCUGCCAGAAAUGCUGGCGAUGCAUCAGGUCAUGCUACUUUCGUACCAGCCAAUGGAUCCAACAAAGCUGAGGGAACGUUAUUGUACAUACCGGGUAGAGUCACUCAAGAGCAGGUCGAGCAGAUGCAGAAGUUUGCAAUGGGAUUUCUUGGUAAAACUGGUGGUGCUGUUGUAGAAAAUGUAUCUAAACCAUUGUUCGCCUACGUGAACAUGACAGCUCGCGACAUAGAUGAGCACCUUAGAACCGAUGACGGUCAGAAGAAACUCCAGCGUAUCUUGAUGCAUGCACCACAGCCACCAUUGGCAAGCUUUGGGGCUGUGCAACCGAACAUGGUUCUGCCGCCUCCGUUUGACCCGUUCGCUGCUGUCUCUCAGCUGGCCCAAAGUGUAUUCAACCCAGCCAACUCACUAUCUCAUAUGCUGGCACCUGUUCCUCCGGUUUCCGUAGGAUACGGUAGAACUGGUGCGCUCCCAUCCAGCAUCCUCGGUUCAAUCCAGUGUGCGGUGACUCGUCCUGAGAAUGUUUUGUCGACAAUGCAAAGCGCUUCUCAUUCGAUUUGCGGCAUGGCAAUACAAACACGCGUCCCGGACUUCAGAUCUCAUCAGUACGCCAGCGAAAUGAUAUGGUAA